AUGUUUAUAAAAUUUGAAAAAGUUAAAAAAUUACUGAAUAUGUUACAGUCAAUGCUUGAAGCUGGUGUUCACUUUGGACAUCAAUCACGCCGUUGGAACCCAAAAAUGGCGCCUUACAUUUAUGAAGAGAAAAAUGGAAUUCACAUUUUAGACGUAGUUCAAACAAUCGGAGAACUUGAGAAAGCUCGUACAGCGUUUAAAUCUGCAAAGAAUGUGAUUUUCGUGGGAACUCGCCCUGCAAUUGCACCGUUAAUUGAGCAAGUGGCAACAAAAACCGGAUCAAACUAUGUAAAUACACGUUGGGUUGGUGGGCUUUUAACGAAUUGGACAACUAUGACAAUGUGUCUUGAAAAAUUAGGACGUUUAGAUGCUCAAUUAGAAACUGCUACACCAAAAAAAGGUUUUACAAAGAAAGAUAUUUUAUCUUUAACACGUGAACGCGAACGUCUUGAGAAAUUUUUUGGUGGCCUCCGUAAUUUAAAAACUUUACCUGAUUUAGUUGUGAUUGUAGGCCAACCAAAUGAACGUAAUGCAGUGUUAGAGUGCCAGAAAUUAAACAUUCCAACAAUUACAUUACUUGAUUCAAAUUGUGAUCCUACGUUUGUAUCAUAUGGAAUUCCAGCUAAUGAUGACUCUGCUCGUUCAGUAGCUUUUAUUCUUGAUCAACUUACGAAAGAUUAA